AUGCGGACACCGGCCAAACCAGACUCGAGCUAUGCCUCCAACAGGCUCACGCGCAGUGGCUACAAGGGCACAUCUCUUCUUUCCACUUUCCGGGGCAAGAAAUCUGAGGAGGAAUCGAACCCAUGCAAGCAGGAACCCGAACUGGAGGACAUCAAUGCUCCACCCAUCUCCAGCGAAGACGAAGAUGAGGAUGAGGAUAUCAAGCAAGAACAAUCUGAAGAUUCGGAGGACGAGAAGAAAAUUCGCACUCCCGGAAAGACGUUAGAGGAGAAACUCGCGGAAGAGGACACAAACGUGCGACGGAGCAAAAGGGGAUCGCAGUCGGCCAAAGUAAAAAAGGAGGAUCCAGAAGAGCAGAAACCAUAUUCUCAGAAGGCGGCUCGGACCAGGACUGCGAGUCAAAUGGAUGAUGAAGAAGAUAUUGCGUUUUCUUCUUUUAGAUCUUCACAAUCAUCUUCUAAACGAAAUAGGAAAUCAUAUGGAGCACAGAAGGCGUCACGAAAGAGUUAUGAUUCUAAAAUCCCUCCUUCUUCAUCGUCAGAAUCACUUUCCAACAAAGCGAAGAGUGAGAAUACUGAAGACCAGUCUCCCAAAGCCAAAGAAGAAUUCAAGGUUCCAGACGACGCCUCAAGCCCAGUGAAGCCUGAAUUCAAAGAGCCCCCUCCUUUAUCUGCCGAUCUCCUUCCCAGUUCCUCAUUCCCGCAUUCGUCUAUUCGAGAUCAAAUUGACGAUUCGGAUGAUGAGUCUUCUCUUACCUCCAUCAGUUCAGUGCCUUCGGCCUUCGGAAUCGAUAUCGAUUUAUCCCAAGCAGAAGCUAAGCUUAAGGAAGAGGGGGAUUCCAAAUUGCCACUAUGUCCCAUAUGCAAAGAAGCAGUGGACCCAGGGCUUCUCAUGUUAUUCCAGGCGCAACCAAAUCAACGCAUCCGCGAUCAGGAACGGUUCUGCAAAUCACACAAGGCAUCAUCUGCCGAAAAAGAGUGGCAGGAGAAAGGAUAUCCGAAAAUUGACUGGGAUCAUUUUGAUGAGCGUAUCGAGGGCCAUUUUGCAGGCCUUGAGGAGAUCCUGGUUUCGGAUAAACCUUCAUAUUAUAGAGGCAUCCUUGACAAUGCAAUGAAGUCCGGAAAAGCAAAGAAUUUCAGAUUGACGCUCUUCGGAGACGGACUUGAAACGAUCAGUUGCGGUUACUAUGGAACUAGAGGUGCUAGUAAAAUGCUACAAGCCGUGACUACACAUUUCUCCAAACAAUUGCGCCGCUUAGCAACCAGUGACCAAAUUGUCAAGACUGCCGGUAUUGCUGGUUACGCACAAUCGGUUCUCGUCCCUGAGCUAGCCUCACGACUUGUCAAAGAAGACAUGGGCGUCGACGACGAAUCGGCUCGAAAGAUCAUGAGAGACAGUAUAGAAAUUGGUGAGAAGUUGAACUUUGCACUUAAUGACGUGGUUCCUGUUCCAGAAAGAACCGAACGAGUUUUAAACGAUUGA